UUGAAUGAUCCAGAUUCACUAUACCAAAUCAGAGAUAUGUCUGACAUUCUAGUGAAAGCUUUAUUUAGAAGGAGUUGAGGAAUUCUUUGAGAUAACAGGCUUCUGACUAUGCUAUCUUGAGUGUUAAAGCUGAGUGGUUUUCCCAGAAUCUUGAAGUCUUUUUCAAAUUCUUUUAUGAAUGAAUUGAAUUAGAGAAAUAUAAAUAAAUUGUCUUUUUUGAAUUUCUUAGUUUAAAAAAAAUGCUGACUUGAAUGUUCAUAAAACUGAAUUUUGCUCGUUGAAAUGUUAUUUCCCCUUAGGAGGCUAGCCCUGGUCCACCUCCGGGAUUCUGUUCCAUCCACUCACACACAGUUAUGAUAAGGAGAGUGAAGUGUGAGCUAAAUAGGGAGGAGGCCUGGGCAAGGUCAUUUCUGCCAGAACACCGGAGAUGCUAAGAUCUCAAGGGUGCCAUAAACAUAAACAGAUGUUACAUUAGAGAAUUAAAACAGUGUACAUACAUAUAGCGAGAGGGAGUAAAAAUGAGGGUCCCUAUAUAUGAGGAUGUAAAGGGUGAAACUGAAGAGGAGAAAGCGGAGGAAGAAGAAAAUGAAGAAGACAAGGUAUUCUUUAAGCCUGUUAUUGAAGACCUGAGCAUGGAAUUGGCCAGAAAAUGCACCGAACUCAUUAGCGAUAUCCAUUAUAGAGAAGAGUAUAAAAAAUCUAAGGACAAGUGUACAUUUGUGACUGACACUCCGAUGCUGAACCAUGUAAAAAAUAUUGGUGCUUUUAUUUCUGAGGCAAAAUACAAAGGUACCACUAAGGCGGACCUCUCAAAUUCUCUCUAUAAGCAGAUGCCAGCCACAAUUGACAGUGUCUUCGCAAGAGAAGUCACACAGCUUCAGAGUAAGAUCGCCUACAAACAGAAACAUGAUGCUGCCAGAGGACUCUCAGAUUACACCCAUAUGAAGGAGCCACCUGAGAUCAAACAUGCCAUGGAGGUCAAUAAACACCAGAGUAAUAUUUCUUAUAGAAAAGAUAUGCAGGGCACCCACAUGUAUAAUGCAGAGCUCAACAGACCAGACAUCAAGAUGGCAACGCAGAUCUCCAAGAUCGUAAGCAAUGCAGAAUACAAGAAAGGCCAAGGAGUAAUGAAUAAAGAGCCUGCUGUAAUUGGAAGACUAGAUUUUGAACAUGCUGUUGAAGCUUCUAAACUUUCUAGUCAAAUUAAAUACAAAGAAAAAUUUGAUAAUGAAAUGAAGGAUAAGAAACAUCAUUACAAUCCCCUUGAAAGUGUUUCUUUUAAGCAAAGCCAGCUUGCCACUGAGCUGGCAAGCAAUGUGAAGUACAAGAAAGACAUUCAAAAUAUGCACGAUCCAGUUUCGGAUCUCCCAACCUUGUUUUUAGACCAUGCUUUGAAAGUCAGCAAAAUGCUCAGCAGACGAGAGUAUAGGAAGAUUUUUGAGGAAAACAAAGGCAUGUAUCAUUUUGAUUCGGACGCUGCAGAUCACCUGCACCACAAAGGCAACGCCAUCCUGCAGAGUCAGGUUAAGUACAGAGAAGAAUAUGAAAAAAAUAAGGGGAAAUCGAUGCUUGAAUUUGUUGAGACACCAUCAUAUCAAGCUUCAAAGGAGGCCCAGAAGAUGCAGAGUGAGAGAGUUUACAGAGAGGAUUUUGAGAGAGAGAUUAAAGGAAGGUCAUCACUGGAUUUAGACAAGACUCCAGAAUUUCUGCAUGUAAAGUACAUCACCAACUUACUGAAGGAGAAGGAAUAUAGAAAAGAUUUGGAAAAUGAAAUAAAAGGGAAAGGAAUGGAACUUAAUUCAGAAGUUCUUGAUGUUCAAAGAGCAAAACGAGCCUCUGAAAUAGCUAGUGAGAAAGAAUACAAGAAAGACCUGGAGUCAGAAAUUAAAGGGAAAGGAAUGCACGUUGGCAUUGAUACCCUUGAAAUACAACAUGCCAAAAAAGCUUCAGAGAUAGCUUCAGAGAAAGACUAUAAAAGAGAUCUAGAGACUGAAAUUAAAGGAAAGGGCAUGCAGGUGAGCACAGACACACUUGAUAUCCAGAGAGCCAAGAAAGCAUCCGGAAUGGCCAGCCAGAUAGAAUAUAAGAAAGAUCUGGAAACAGAAAUCAAAGGGAAAGGAAUGCAAGUGAGCAUGGACGUUCUGGAUAUGCUGCGAGCCAAGAGGGCAUCGGAAAUCUAUAGCCAGAAAAAGUAUAAAGAUGAAGCAGAGAAGAUGCUUUCUAACUAUUCUCCUGUGGCAGAUACUCCUGAAAUCCAGAGAAUUAAGACAACUCAACAAAACAUUAGUUCAGUAUUUUAUAAGAAAGAAGUGGGAGCUGGCACAGCAGUAAAAGAUUCUCCAGAGAUUGAACGAGUGAAGAAAAAUCAGCAGAAUAUUAGUUCACUCCAGUACAAAGAGCAGAGCUACAGGGCAACCCCAGUCAGCAUGACACCAGAGAUAGAGAGAGUGAGGAGGAACCAGGAGCAGCUGAGUACGGUAAAAUACAAAGGAGAGAUUAAACAGGCAACUGCAAUUUCUGAUCCACCAGAGCUGAAGAGAGUCAAAGAAAACCAGAGGAAUAUCAGCAAUGUUUAUUAUAAAGGUCAGCUGGGAAGAGCUACAGCUUUAAGCGUAACUCCUGAGAUGGAAAGAGUAAAGAAGAAUCAAGAAAAUAUUAGUUCGGCAAGUGGUUUUAUUCCUUUUGGACUAUCACAAAGGGUAAAAUAUACUCAGGACCAUAAACAGAUGAAAGGUAGACCAAGUCUUAUUUUAGAUACACCUGGUCUGAGACAUGUCAAAGAAGCGCAAAAUCAUAUCUCAAUGGUCAAAUAUCAUGAAGAUUUUGAAAAGACAAAGGGGAGGGGCUUUACCCCUGUCGUGGACGACCCUGUGACAGAGCGCGUGAGGAAGAACACCCAGGUGGUCAGCGAUGCCGCUUACAAAGGUGUCCACCCUCACAUCGUGGAGAUGGACAGGAGACCUGGCAUCAUUGUUGACCUCAAAGUUUGGCGCACAGAUCCUGGCUCCAUCUUCGACAUUGACCCCCUGGAAGACAAUAUUCAGUCUAGAAGUCUACACAUGCUCUCUGAAAAGGCAAGUCAAUAUAGGAGACAGCGGUCUCGAUCUCAUUCGAGCAGUACUUUUGGUACAGUUCUUGGAGAUGACAAGUCAGAAAUAUCCGAGAUUUACCCUAGCUUUUCGUGCAGCAGUGAGGUGACAAGACCGUCUGAUGAAGGAGCACCUGUUCUUCCUGGAGCCUACCAGCAGAGCCAUUCCCAAGGCUACGGGUACAUGCACCAGACCAGCCUGUCGUCCAUGAGGUCAAUGCAGCAUUCACCAAAUCUAAGGACCUACCGAGCCAUGUACGAUUACAGUGCCCAGGAUGAAGAUGAAGUCUCCUUCAGGGACGGCGACUACAUUGUCAACGUGCAGCCCAUCGAUGACGGCUGGAUGUACGGCACGGUGCAGAGAACUGGGAAAACCGGGAUGCUCCCAGCAAAUUACAUUGAGUUUGUGAAUUAAUCAUUUCCCCAUGCCCUUUGAGCUUUACUCUAAUGUAUACUAAACCUAGUCUUUUUAAAAGAUAGAAGACACUUUUAAGACAACUUGGCAGUUAUUUUACAGUAAUUUACCCUUCCUUUGACAAUUAGACACACAGGUACCAGGAAGAAGGAAUGAUUUCUGGGCUGAGAACAGCAGCAUUUUCAGUAGUUCCUGUAAACAAAACAAUUAGGUCUGGAGACCUGGUGCUGCUAAUUGUAUUACUGGUGUGUGGUUUUUUUUUUGUUUUUUUUUUUUUGAUUGGCUACUGAACCCUUCUGGGGAGAUGUAUUUUUGUAGACUUUAAUAGAGAUGUUGAUUGUCUUGUAAAUGUAACACGUAUAUGAGACUUCUUAGCUGUCACUUUGGAAUCACCAGAAGCCAAUUCUCUUAAUUCAGCAACACAGCCAAUAAUUUAAAAACCGUGUAGCUUUGGAGUCAUUAGGCAAUUUCCAAUUCCAGUGAAAAUCAUCUAGUAUAAUAAAGUAAGCAAUGGCAAAAUGACAGUUUUGUUAAAAUUAUAUUGAGUGGUGGCCUUAGGGACCUAGAAACUUCUACUGAACAAAGAAAUUUUUUGUUUCCUUGGCCAACUUGGGUCUAUUUAUUUCUUAUUUGUACCGACAUAUCCUACUCUCCACUUACAUUCUAUGGACCCACACGUAUGCUUGGCUCCACAGAAUGUCAGGACCAAAUAACUUCAUAGCUAUUCUGCAAGGGGCAGAUUUAAGGCCAUCUAUAUGAUUUCCCUAAUAGCCUUUACCCUGUUGCAUGACAUGUAGGUUCAAGCUUCUGUAACAUAGGCAGCUGCACUGCCCAUUACUCCUACUAGAUCUAAAAGUGUGGCUGAUAUCUCAAAGCCUUUCCUCUAGUAGUCAGCUCAUCAGAAAAACAUAAUUUGAAAAGUUGCUUGAGAUUCUCCUGCUGCAUUGCACUCUAGUUUUGAAGGAUGUACACUUUAGGAAAUAGAUGUAUACUCUAGUAAAUAAGUGAUUUAGGUGUUUAUUGAACAGCUUUCAUUAACUUAAUGCCGCUGCUGAUUUAAAAGUUAAGAAAACUUAACAGGAGCCAGUGACAAAGUGGGAUAGGAAGUGUGCUAGACAACAGCAGUGAACAAAAAGUGACCGACCCAAUCUACAGAGAGAGAGAGAGAGAGAGGGAGAGAGAGAGAGAGAGAGAGAGAGAGAGAGAGAGAGAGAGAGAGACAGAGAGACAGAGAGAGAGAAUCUGGUUUCUUGUUUUGGAAAAGGUAUUCAAAUUCUGGAAUGGAAUUAUAGCCACUGAAACCAGUAAAACAAAAGACUUUCUUGUCACUUUCUGCUUUUUACUUUCUAAAUCACAUUCAGGGGGCGGUAUAGGAAUGUCAUCAGAGAUUGUAGGUCCAGGCACAGGCUGUUCACUGAAAAUGGAAUUGUUGUCAGAUUUUGAUUUUUCAAAUGAGUGACCUUGCAGUUUCUUUCUGGAUUCGCAGCCAUGACUGCAGCCUUUGCUGGUGGGUUGUGACUUUCACCUGAGUCCACAGUCAAGAUCACCUGAGAUUAACAUCCAUCAGCAACUGUGUUUUUCUGAUUGUGUCGUUUAUUGGGACCUGCAACAGGGUAGCAUUCAUGUAGGAUCUGACUCUAUAGUUGAGGUGGAGCUGAAAAAGCUGUCUCAAAAAUGUAAUAAAAUGUAUGGGUUGGGGAUAUCUCCUUAUACCUUUUAAUCAAAGAAACUAACAAAAUAUAUUUUAUUGAAAUGUUUAUCAGUCCAAAGGCAAACAUUAAUUUAUUAACACCUUUGAGAGCUUAGCAAAUACUUUUGAAAAUCUGUAGUUUCAUUUUAGCUAGCUAAAAGGGUAAAGAGAAUAAAAUUUAUUGCACGCAAGCUUCAUCUGCAUGACACCGACAUAAAAUUGAAGAGAGACAAAAUUCAGGCAAAUAACUAGAGACUUUUUUUGAGUGAGCUUUACAGAAUAGGCAGUUUGACUGAUUUCCUAUCAUUGAAAUGACCGGUCAUGAUUAGAUUGAUUAAACCCCAUAUCAGUUUUGAUGUCCUGUACACAAACCUACAAACACAAACUUAAUUUGCAAUAUUCUUGCAAAAAUUUAUGUGCAUUAAAAGUGAGGGAAAUGGGCUUGCUCAGUUUUAUUAUACCAUUAAGUAAAUAUUUACAUUUCACCCAGACUUCUUUUCACGAUUAUAAAAAAGGAGUCGUUGUGGAUUAAAUUUUGCAGACUAAAUGUAGGACAGGUACAAUUUUUGAUAAAUAGCACAUUUAUAGGGAACUCAAAGAAAACUGACUUAAAAUGAUAAGGAUAAUGGGGAAAAGUUACCAUAAAGUAGCAGCUUGAUAUUUCAUUGUUUUUCUCAUCCCCGGAUUUCAAAAUCGGGUUCAUUGAAUGUAAAAGUCAAUACUUACUUGGGGAAUAAUUCUCCUAAAUUGUAAGCUUUACAUAAUGUUUGCAUAGUAAGAUGUUUCUGCUUCCAGCCUUUAGGAAUUCAGAUCUGAUCAGAAUUUAACGAGAGGGAGGUUAUUUUACAGUAAAGACGGAGGGAGAACAAGAUGUCCCGAGCUUCUGACACUCUCCCUUGAUAGUGUUGUCACUGUCACUACAGCUUGUCAGGAUAUUAAGCAUCUCAUCAGAAAUACAGGAAUUAUGUGUAUUAAUACCAAAGUGCUAUUUUACAGAAUCGUUUUCAAAGCUACAUCGCUGAAUAGCUUUUCCUCUUUCAACACGGUACCUGCCCAGCUUCAGUUUGGCAAGAGGUAUCAUACGUAACGCUGACAGCUAAGCAAGGGUCUAAGAAACGAGCCUUUUUACAAAUCAAGUUACAGAAGACUGUGGGUGCCCAAGCACCGAGAGCACGCGCCUGCUUUCCUAAGCCCGUGUCCUCCAGCCUGACAAAAGCACAAGGAGCCAAGUGAUAGACUUUUUCAAGUUUUUGGAAACAAUGCUGUAUGUGGAUCACACCUCUCUGGAGAAAGGCAGUUUUUGUAGCAAGUGUUUUUAUGAAUUCUCAGUCUCCAAGGAAGCUUUCUAUCUCUCACCUGUGGCAAAAUGACUUCUUUCGUGUCUUCUUGUCAUCUCACAUUAGCAUUUAUCUGGUUGCCAGAUGCCGCUGCAUCUUCUCAGACCUCCCCCCACCUCCAGACACCACCCAGAAAUAUGCAAGCACAAUUUCCAAGAGCGCCUUGUGUGAAGAGGGAUGAGACCAGACCAGCCCCUCCCUUGCCACUAGAGUCAUUGCUUGAAGAUGGGAAAGAUGCGGUUUUGCCCGUUUUGCCACAGUCUUUUUUUCCUUAUCGUCUCUGUGUUGAGCUCUAUAACACUCUGGGGGUUGGGAAGCCAACGUUUCUAAAACAGUGAAAGUUGAAGAGGUGUAUUUUUUUUUUUAAUUUGUUCAACUCCAGUGGAAUGUUUUUAACGAAAAGACAGAGAAAAUGUGUGUGAUCCUUUAAUAACACAUCUCUAUAUAAAGUAGAUAUAGUUUAUACCAAAAUUAUAAUAUAGAUAUAUACAAAAAUAGGUGCCUUUUUGAUUACCCUUGUUUGUCCACUAUUGUCUGGGAAAGAAAAGCAAGCUUCUGCUUAUCCUAUAGUAAUAUUUUAUUACACAUGAUUGGUAUUUUUGUGGUGGGGAAGUAAGACGCUCCUGACAGGUAUGAAGGGUGGUAGCUGAUUAUUUUACUUCUAGAGGUUUAGGAAUUAAGAAAAUACUCUUUCCACCAAUUUUUGAACGGUUCUUUGUAGAUUUAUAUAUAGUUAAGCUGCAUAAACAUUAAUUUUAGGCUUGAGAUAUAAAAUACCUAUAUUAUGAGGCUGAAUUCAUUACACAAGAUGAAAUUCACUUCAAAAAUUCAUUAUAUCUUAGCUAUUUGCUUCUGAUCAUCUAAAAGUGGCUGGAGUAUGCUUGUUUUGGGUAACGUGACAUGGUGCUGAGAAAGCUUUAGUUAAGGAAGAAGCUAUGUAAACAAGUGAUAAAUGAAAGUCUCCUUCUCAAGUAUUCCUUGCCCAUUAGGUCCUUCCCAGGCCGCUGUCAACUAUCGAUGAUCCAAAAACUCAUGACAUUGUAUAAUGCUUCUGUCGUCAUCAUUCCAGGAUGCUUAGGCUCCUGGAGUCCACAAGCCUGGAAGGGCCCCCAGGGCAAAUCUCAUCCCCAGUUGUCCAUGUUACUUUAGUGUAUUCAUGGAAAUUCCAUAUGUUUUUGGUGUUAGAUAUAUGGUAUUCAGUUUGCAUAGUGUAUACUUCUUUGUAAUCCAGUGCUAUUAAGAAUGCUUUACUUAAAGGAAAAAAAGAAAUCUGCAUUGUAGUCCCAUUCUUCAGUGUCCACACAAUGAAUAGCUGAGCAUCUUAGAAGCAGCAGCGAGUGUGUUACAGGCAUGGUGUGGAACAGUUUGGCCUUUGGCUUGUGAUAAAAGUGCAAAAUUGAAUCACUGUGCAGUUUGGCUUUUAUUUACUUUAAAAUGUGUAGAAUUGUGGUUGAUUAAUUUGCAAGAUUUUACUAACUUUGAGAGCUUACAGUUUUGAAGGAAACAAUGUUUUUAAAAUGAAGGGGCUCACAGAAGAAACAACCCAAUGUUACUAAUAGAAUCUGGCUUUUGUUAUGCAAGUUGUUAACACCAGCUAUUAAAAUAUAUUUUAGUA